AUGUUGGCUACUUCAAGGCGCAAUAAAAUUCCUCAGGCUCACCCUCCUCGUACAUUCCUUGCUGGCGGCACCGCCAUUCAUCUCAACUGCAACCUCACCUGCACUGGCUUGAAGAUUAACGAGGUUGCCGAUGAAUUUAACAUACCAGAUCUGUGGUAUGCUCUCUCAGACUUCCUUCAACACGAUGCAAGGAACAGAGAUGGAGUUUUUUGGGUGGGGGUCCCCAGAAGAUCGCUGAUCAACCGCCCCUUGAAUAUUUCUUUCGAGUGUGUUCAAAUUUGGCAUACUAUUCGCUUGCAGCAAAUUUGUCUCCAUGAUCUCAGUGUCGUUUUACCUGCGCAAACCAUGCAUGCGUCUCCUGCACGUGUUGGGUGGUCGAAAGGUCGAAAGGAUGUUGCCAUUCUCAACGUUGAUAGCGCGUAUGAUUGGCCUAAGUCUGGGUUAAAGGGUCACGCCGUCUGCGAAUUGCAGCUCAUCAUGCGCCCAAUACCUCAACGAGGCUCACGUAUCACAUGGCGUGAUCAAUACCUUUGUUAUGUGCGCAACUUCAAGAUUGGUGCAGUUGAUCCUGUCACUGAGAUGCACACAUUGACAUGCGCAAAAUAUGCCAACGGUACUCUGGUGGGAGAUGCAGUUCCUCUGACGCAGCUUCGAGCAUUCGUCAACAUUAUCCCGAGACUGGGUACUGCAGCAGAUCCUCGUCUGACUAAGUCUACUUCCGCGCAUUACCAUUCCUUGUUCUAUUUGAAUAAGUACUUUGAUAAGCAAAUUUAUGAUACCCUAUACUUUGUGUCACAAGGAUAG